CAGAAGAGUUUGUGCGAAAGUAUUUGAUACCAAAACGUGACCCAAGUAAAAUCAGCCCAUUCAUGCGCGAUGAUACCAAUCCACAUGUUGCACCCACACAAAUCGCAACUCCAGAACCAGAUCCUCAUUUUAUAAAAUCCCUUCCUCCUGAUAGCGGAACUGCACCGAAAGAAAAAAAUUGGGUUUGGGAAAGAGCGAUGACCAAUGUAAAAAAUCAAGGAAAAUGUGGAUGCUGUUGGGCUUUCACCAUUGCUGCUGUCAUAGAAAGUCACGUUUUCAUACAAACCAAAAAGAAAGAGUCACUUAGCCCACAAAAUCUCCUGGACUGCGUUAGGAAUAAAUAUGGGAGAGAGAACAGCUGCACAAAAGGUUCGAUGCUGGAUGCAUUCAAGUAUGUAGUAGAAGCUGGUGGAAUUGAGACCGACAAGGAUUACCCAUAUCAAGAAAAGCAAGCUGAUACAUGUGGAUACAAUCCUGAUAAAAAAUCGGCUACUGUCAAAGAUUUCAAGAGAGUCGAAACAGGAAACGAAAAUCUGUUGAGAGACGUUGUUGGUCUCAUAGGACCAGUUGCUUGUGGCAUUGAUGCUUCAGAUAAUGCUUUUCGAUUUUAUAAGUCAGGUAUUUAUAACAGCACAUCUUGUGGACAAACCAUGGAUUCGAUAAACCAUUCGGUCGUCAUAGCAGGUUACGGUACAGAAGCUGGAUUAGAUUAUUGGCUAGUGAAGAACUCUUGGGAUUCAACAUGGGGAGAUGGAGGAUAUGCUAAGAUAGCUCGAAAUUCCAAUGUUUGUUCAAUUGCAACUGAUACUUAUUAUCCAAUAUUAUGAGUUAGGUAUUAUUAUCUGUUGAUUUUAAAGAACGUAUAGUAAAGCUUAGAAUAGGUGGACUAAUAAAUUUUCAC